AUGCGCUUCAAAAUCUAUGAGCCAGUCAAACAGUCGGUUUAUUUCGGUUGUGCAACUGCGGACAUCAUUCGAGUAAUGUGUGCCUGUAUGAGUGGGAAGGAUCGGAGGGAGAACUGGGAAUGGCUUCUCGAAAUGUUUUACUCCUAUCUCGUGGAAGAGCUGGAGAACCGCAACAUGCCUUACACUUUGGAUAUGCUGAAGGAAGCCUUUCGGCAGUGCUUUCCAUUUGGCGCUUUUAUGAUUGUGCCAAUGAUUGGACCUCUCUUCCAAGUAGUAAAUAAGAGCGACGACGUUGAGUAUAAAACAAAG